GGGCGCGCGCGGCGGGAGGAGGGGGCGCGCGCUUCCCGGAACAGCCGCUGUGGGAAGAGGAAGAAAAUACACCGCGGCCGGAGCUGUGCCGCCGCCGCCGCCGCCGCCGCGCCGUGUGGAGCUCCCCCGCGCGGAUGACGCCCGCGGUGCCUGCGCCGGGCGCGGGGCGGUGAGCGCGGGGCGCGGGUAGCUAUGGCGACGCCGAGCGCGGCCCGCCGCGCCGCCUGACAGGUGUGGGCCCGGCGGCGGCGGCGGCGGCGGCGGCGCGGAGCAGUAUGUACGCCAAAGGGGGCAAGAGCGCGGCCGUGCCCUCCGACAGCCAGGCCCGGGAGAAGUUGGCGCUGUACGUGUACGAGUACCUGCUGCACAUCGGUGCCCAGAAGUCCGCACAGACCUUUCUGUCUGAGAUCCGAUGGGAGAAGAACAUCACGCUGGGGGAGCCCCCAGGCUUCCUGCAUUCCUGGUGGUGCGUGUUCUGGGACUUGUACUGUGCAGCACCCGACCGCCGAGAGGCAUGUGAGCACUCAAGUGAGGCCAAGGCCUUCCAGGACUACAGCGCGGCAGCCGCCCCCAGCCCUGUGAUGGGGAGCAUCGCCCCCAGUGAUGCCAUGGCAGCCGGCCCCAUGGCACCCGGCUUCUUCCAGCCCUUCAUGUCCCCGAGGUUCUCAGGGGGCCCCCGGCCCACCCUGCGGAUGCCGAGUCAGCCUCCUGUGGGCCUUCCUGGCUCCCUCCCGGGUGCCAUGGACCCCGCCCCGCGCAUUCAGGGGCACCCGAGCACGGGCCCGAUGCAGAGGGUGACUCCUCCGCGGGGCAUGGCCGGCGUUGGGCCCCAGAGCUAUGGAGGCGGCAUGCGGCCCCCACCCAACUCCCUCGCUGGCCCGGGCCUGCCCACCAUGAACAUGGGCCCCGGAGUGCGCGGCCCGUGGGCCAGCCCCAGUGGCAACUCGAUCCCCUAUUCUGCCUCCUCCCCUGGCAGCUACACGGGACCUCCAGGAGGCGGGGGGCCCCCUGGGACGCCCAUCAUGCCCAGCCCUGGAGACUCCACCAACUCCAGCGAGAACAUGUACACCAUCAUGAACCCCAUGGGGCCGGGCGCUGGCAGGGCUAACUUCCCACUGGGCCCAGGCCCCGAGGGCCCUAUGGCGGCCAUGAGCACUCUGGAACCUCACCACGUGAACGGAUCUCUGGGCUCGGGCGACAUGGACGGGCUGCCGAAGAGCUCCCCUGGCGCCGUGGCCGGCCUGAGCACUGCCCCCGGCACCCCGCGGGAUGACGGCGAGAUGGCGGCCACCGGGACUUUCCUGCACCCGUUCCCGAGCGAAAGUGUAAGCGACUGCGUCGACUCCCCCCCUGCAGCGGCGUCGGGCCGGAGGGGCCUGGCGGGCAGGCCCCGGCGGGGCGGCCGGGGGGCCAGAGCAAGACCGUGACCGCGGCGGGCCAGUACUCGCCCGGGAUGACCAUGAGCGUGUGAUGGGGCAGCAGCCCCUUGCCCAGUGCUGGCCGCCUCCUCUGCCCAGAGCCAAGGGCUGGGGUGGUCUGCAGGGGGGGGGUCUGAGGUCACGCCUCGGGCAGUCGGACUCCUGGUCAAGGCUUGGAGGCCCCGCAUGAAGGACUCAUUUUAUUAAAAACAAAA